AUGGAGACCACCAAGACAAAGAAAGUUACUAAAACAACGCACAGACGAACAGGAGGAGGCGAUACAAGCUCUACUUCAUCCCCACGAAGACGAGAGCGUCCCCCCUCACCGGCUCGGAUCUCUCGACAUGAGGAGCAACAGGAGUUACAAGGGUUGAACGAUCGUUUAGCAGCUUAUAUCGACAGAGUUCGAUUUCUGGAGAAUGAAAACAAUCGUCUGAAUAUUCAGGUUCGAACCACCGAGGAUAUCACAAAGAGAGAAGUAAGCAAAGUGAAGGAUUUGUUCGAGGGCGAAUUGAACGAUGCUCGAAGACUUUUGGACGAAACGGCGAAGGAAAAGGCAAGAUUACAGUUGGAAAUGACAAAAUAUAAGAACAAUUAUGAAGAUGUAGCUGGAAAAUUGGCAAGAAAAGAUCGUGAUUUGAAGGCAGCGGAAAAAAGAAUUUUAGAAAUCGAAGUGACGUUAACAGAUUUAAGAGGAAGAGCCGAAGAUGCCGAAUCUCAAAGAAAACAUUUUGAAAAAGAAAACAACAAAUUACGAGCUGAAAUUUCAGCAUUGGAAAGACAGUUUGCUGCUAUCAAGAAAGAAUUGGAGGAUGAAACCUUAAAACGUGUUGAUCUUGAAAACAGAGUACAGAGUGUGAAAGAGGAACUAAGUUUUAAAACACAAGUCUAUGAAUCGGAAUUGGAAGAAACAAGAUGUAGAACAACUACAGAAAUUUCUCAGAUUGAUGGAGUGAUGCAGGAUGAAUACGCAGCAAGACUUGCAGAUGCUUUACGGGAAAUCCGAGAGGAGCACGAAACUAAUCUGAUGUCUGUUAAAAAUGAACUGGAAAUGUUGUAUCAGACCAAGUUGGGUGAUUUACAGAAUCAAGUUGAUAGAAGUGGUUCAUCAGCAGGUUCUGCCUGGGAAGAAUUGAGACUCUCUAGACAGAAACUAGAUGAUGUUAGCUCAGAAUUAGCUAAACUUAAAUCUGAGAAUGCAGGAUACGAUGCCAGAAUUCGUGAAUUGGAGGGUCAGAUGGUCCGAGAACGAGAUAUGUACAUGUCUCGAUUAGAAUCAAAGGAUAUAGAGCUAGCACAUAUCCGCGGAGAAUUGGAUGCUCAACUUAAAGAAUACGCAGAGUUAUUAGAAAUUAAGAUUAAAUUGGAUCGUGAAAUUAUGGCUUACAGAAAAUUACUGGAAGGAGAAGAAGAAAGAUUGAACAUGUCUCAGGAAUUCUCCUCACCAAGGAGAUCAACAGGUGGCGCUUCAACAAGUUUGUUAUCUCGAUCGUCGAAAGGUACGAAAAGACGUCGAGUAGAGUCAGAAGAACAUACUGAACAAUUCUCUAGUCACAGUUCUGUUACUGAACAAGGAAAGAUCGGCUUGGAAGCUGAUGGAGAUGGCAAAUUCAUUAAAAUCUCCAACUUGACUGAUGAAGAUAUUCAUGUUGGAAACUGGAAGAUUGAUCAUAAAGCAGGAAGUGAUGAAGUAACUUAUAAAUUCCACAGAAAUCUGAUUCUCAAAGCCAACGCUGAUAUGACUGUCUGGAGUUCAGAUCAAGAAGUAACCCAUGACCCCCCAACUGACCUAGUGAUGAAAAACAAACAAUGGGGGUCAGAUAAAGACAGUGAAACUGUUUUAUUAGAUAAUGAAGGCAAGGAAAGACAAAAAGAAAACUGUGCUAUCAUGUAA